UCAAAGAACAGCAUCGUUUCAAAACUAACAGCAUUCCGGAUUGACUGCGGGGCCCUCUAGUUGCACCAGUUGAAAAUAAUGCUAUCGACUGAAUGCAUUAUCUUCGACGCCUCAAGAGAUUGUAUUUCUUUGACAUAUUGUCAAAAUUCGAACUUUUAGGCGCCAACGUGAAUGUUUCGUCUAGAAAAUGAGCUGCCCGUCCAAAGCCAGGAAGGCAUUCAGUAGCAACAGCAAGAGCAAGAACAAUAGCAACAGUAGUAGUAGUAGCAGCAGUAACAGUAGCAGUUGCAGCGUCAGUACUGUUGGGUCCAAAGUGGGGUCCAUCUGUGGAAAGAAGGCAGAGCAGAUAUUAUCAUCAACAGCCAAUUCCUCAGUAGGGAGCAGUACUACAGACUUGAUGUGUGACGUCAGUGAUAUAGAGAAGCCUCACAUAAGGAACCAAACUCAGUGCCCCAAAGGCCAAGAUAAAGAAGCAAAGAAGGUGGUACCCAAGCCAAAAGCUAUGACACUCACAGAAAAAUCUGAGAUCGCAUAUGCAUCCUAUAUCCAGAAGUUGUAUUUCUGCAGCUUGCAGACUCGGAGAAUAAAAUCUGAAACUGAGAUUUGUUUCAGUGAUCUAGAAGCCGAAAAACUUAAGCUAGAUAAUGAGAUUUCCACUGUUAAACGAUGGUUGAAGGAAGUGUCUUCUUUGCAAGAAAGUGAAUCCAGGACUGAAGAACUAGAAAAUAUGUUUAUGGAAGUGAAAGAUGAUAUGUAUCAGUUGCAGACAAUGUUAAAAAAAGUAAAUCUAGAUAUGAAAAUUGCAAGUGGGCAGGUGCCAUUAACAGUCCUGAAAGUGACAGAUGCAUCAAGAGAUGAAUUUCUCUCCAUUAUUGACGAACUGUCAAAAGUUCGCAAUGAAAUAAUUUCUCUUAUGAAACCCCAUGAAGGUGGUCAAAAGUAUGCAGCACAAAAUCUUGAUUCUUGUGUGUCAACAGUUGUGCAGCUGAGAAGUCUUAUCAAGGAUUGCUGUUCCAUCCUGCCUUCAGUAGUGAGCAGUUACUUCAGGGUACUUUCCCUCCAGUUAUGUCUAAUGCAUCAAGAUCAAGAUUCCCAAUUGAACAAAAUUGGGUUUUAGUUGGACACUGCAGGACCGAGCUACAGAAAGGGCCAAUGAUAGAAACAGUCUGCCAGCUGAGGAUGAUAAAUUUCCUGUAUGCUACUGAAAAUAAAUGGCAGUUGUUCAUAAAUACUAACACUGUGCUCUACAUGUCUACAUAUACAAGUGAAUGCAGAUUUUUAAUGUCAAGAGGAAAUGGAGAAGAAGAAAUAAAACAUGAACACUGUUGUCUAUAUCAUUAGUAUGUCUUCUGCUUAGUCUCUAUACAAAACAGUUGCAGGGAACUGAACAGAGGGAGCGUUCUCUCUCAUUCAUCACAUCACAUGUCCAACAUUCAGCACAAUCAAGAACUGUCGUUCUGUACAACAGAAAACAAAAGUAGACAGUAAUAUUUUCAAUUAAUAAAGUUGUAUGAUGUAUAUCUUGUAGAAAAUCAGAAGCAUCUGCUGUUUUUGUCUUGUACAUUACUCUUUCGCAUGAGGGCUCUUAAGAGAGUAAUCAAACUGAUUUUUUGCCCGAGAUUGGAAGUCUUGCCACCAGUCCACCCCUACAAAUCAAAGUAUGUCAGGUAGUCUUGCCUCCCACAUCAAAUACCUCAAAUUCAAACUAAGGUGGAAAGCUCUCAUCCCUCCACCUCCCUAUAAAUCACUAGUUAAUAUAAAAGCUAUCUUCCAGUUCCCAUAUUCAUCCAUGUAGUCAAAUUAUUUUAAUAUUUCAUGCAAUAACAUUUUCCACACUACCAGUUCAGUCACAAAAAAAAAAAAAGAAAAAAGAAAAAAAAAAUCGAAAUUUAUACUUUCGUGUGGUGCUUCUUAAAAAUGAUCACAAUGAAUCAUAUGACACAUAGUAGACAUUGUUAGAUGUAAACUACAGAAGUAACAAAAAAAUAUUGAUCUUGCAUCUUCAUUAAUACAUGAGCAGUUUUGUUAAUUAUAACUGCUGUUUUUGGAAAUCCUGUGGCUGUGUUGUUCAUUAUUUAAAUCAUGACUGAGGAUGAGAUACCUUGGCAGCAGUUAUGUCCUUUUGAGUUUUAAUUACAGUAGACACUGAUUUGAGAUUCCAGUAAAAAGGUGAACACAUAAUAUUGAACUUCAGCUGAAGUUCAAUGAACACCUGAGCAGUACUUGCUUAUGUACAAAAGUGAAUUAAAAUAUGACUUGGAGUGAGCUCAUUUGAUGAACGUAGCUGCCAAAGUAUUUCUACAGUCAUAACAAUCAAAACUAGCACACUUAUUGUUAAUUUUAUAAUUUUGAAGAAUUUAUCAUAAAAACAAAACAUAUAUUUAAUGUUUUGAUUCCUUUGCUACCAAUUACAGUAUAAUAUAACACUGAAUAUUUCUAUGUGACGUAUUCGAUUUGUCAGAAAUAACCUGUGAUCAGGAAACACAACAAUGUUUAUGGUAGUUCAUUUAAUGAGGUGUCAAAUGAUUCAUUGUCUACUAUAUGACAUUAUAAUACAUAAUUGUGUGUAGUUUUUGUUAUUGUUACUUGGAAUUGCAUUUACUUAGAAUGUAUAGUAACUUAAUGUAUGUAUGUGUGAAUAAAGUGUAAUAGAUU